AUGGACUUCCUUGAUGAGACUGUGAUCUACCCCGUUACGGCCUUCGCCCGCAACAGCCGCAUGCUCGUGCGCAAGUGCCAGAAGCCGAACCAGAGCGAGUUCACCACCGCCAGCAUGGCGACGCUGAUGGGGUUUGUCACCAUGGGAUUGUUAGGCUUCUUCGUCAAGGUGAUAUUCAUCCCGAUCAACAACGUCAUCCUCGGCGCCUAG